AUGCGUACAACGAUGCGGCCUCGUCCUCGAACCAUAGCGCAGAUAAAAGAAAGAAGUUUCGCUACACGCCGGGCAGGACUCGUUAACAAAGCAAGGCAACUCAACCAGAAGACUGGUGCCAGAACUGCAAUCCUAGGCACUUAUAACGGCAAAUUCUUUUACUACGAUAGCACCAGCGUCCUAUCCGACCUAGGGAUCAUGGAUAAGAUCCGAGGAGAGAAGGUCGAAUCACCUUCAGCCGAAAUGACAAGCGAGUCUUGUUCGAUUUCAGACACCCCCGUUUCCCAAGACUUUGAUGCGACAAAUCAACGGGAGCAUUCUGCAACUUCCGACAGCCCAUCCCUAGAGUCACUGGCCGAUAUCGGCUUUCUUGAAAAGCCAGCCAAGUUAGAGCCAGCAAAGCCAGAAAACCCUGAACAGCAUACUUUAAAAGAUGCCCAAUUCAACUUUUUCGCCAUGUUCUCAAACGAGGAUCACAGUUCGGUUGCAGGCAAAUCGCCAAAGACCCAAAAUUUGGAUUCUGAUGUGAUAGAUUGGGGCUUGGACUUUACGCCUACAUUCAUGCUCUAUAUGCUAACAAGCCUCGUGAUCUGUCACUCUUGGGUUGAACAAGUGAUGCGUAUAGCGCUUAAUGGCACCCUUAUCGGCCCCGUAGGAUAUAUGCGCGGCUAUGUUGGUAGAAGCGACCCAGGCUUUGUGGACCAUGCCAAUACAUACCUCCUCCCUCCUAACGGGCGAUCAGAGGGUGUGGUGCUCAACAGUGAUGGAAUAUGUAGUCCGUCUCAAAAAAUAGGAAACUACAGCCCCAAGUACCCAAUGUUGUCUGCUGCUCCUGGGGACUUUAUUGCUUUGCGCUACCAAGAAAAUGGGCAUGUAUCACUCCCAGAGAGUGAUCCUCCCAAGCCAGAAAACCGUGGAACAAUCUAUAUCUAUGGCACAAGCGAACCCGAUGACAACCACAAGGUUCUGGACAUUCAUCAGAAGUGGGCAGCGGGCCGGGAGAAGGGAAGACUCAUCGCGACGCGUCCCUUUGACGAUGGCCAAUGCUAUCAGAUCAACAACGGCGCCAUUUCGGUGAAGCGACAAGACAAUGUGAGGAAGGUUGCCAAAGCCCCACAAGGCGCAGAUCUUUGGUGUCAAGCCGAUGUGCGGCUUCCGCGUGACCUGCCCACCUCAGGAAUUUACACACUCUACUGGGUCUGGGACUGGCCUACGAUCACGGAUGAAUGCAAGGUUGCAUCGCCGCAGUUGUAUACUUCAUGCCUGGAUAUUGAGCUUAGGACCGAAGGAAUUUCAAAUGAAGGUAGCAUUGCGUUCAUAAGCAACCAGGACCCCAAUGACAGGGCUAUUCUGGAACAGAUGCAGAUGGGGCGGCACCCGACUCUUGUGAAAAAACUUAUGCGUGUUUUUAGGAGAACCGGAUGUCGUCCGCACCUAAGGGAAAAUCAUGUUCAAGGUCUAGUCGACGCAAGAACCCUCUCGCGUAUUAAUAACAGGUUGCAAAUUUCAGGGGAGAAUUUACUGCCGACGAUCAACACAGGCGGAAGUCAUCCUACCAUCAAGCUAAAACGAUGCAUACUUUGCAUGGAUGGCCAGCAAAGGAUUGCAGCUGCCGAGAAAAUGUUUGGGUUGGAAUACACAUGGACCGUGCGGUUGUAUUCUGCAACGAGAGGUAGCCCACACAAUCGUAACCCUGCAUUGUCAUUGACUUACCGUGCUGAUGAGUACUCGACAGGAUUGCGGCAAAUAGCUUGCCACCAAAUGCCGGCAUUUUCCCGCCAAACAAAGUUUUCCGACGGGAACAUUUAUUACCACAUCCGCAAAGCGCAAGAGACAAAGUCCUGGAAACUAGCACAGAGUUACAGAGUGGAGCUCACACAAUGUAAAGAGAAGAUUCUGAACCAGCUUAUCCAGCACCACUUGACAGGCAUAACUGAAGGAUAUGUAGCUGCAAGAUCCUUCAUAGAAGCAUUGGACCUUCUUUUGCCGUACCCCGGACUAUUGGAGGGGCUGGAGCUUGCUAAUUGGCAUAGGUACCUAGCCCUGCAUUGGGACGAACCGAUCGUUCACUUUUUAAGCGAUCAUCUGUAUUCGACAUACGAGCUCAUUGUUGAAGGAGUCGCGGAGGCGAGGAAGUAUUGCGAUAUAACGACAGUCCGUUGUCUCGCACUUCGAUGUCCAGCAAAUAGAAACGAUGCAGCUUUUAUUCAAAAGAAACUCGAAAAUGGUACACUGUUUCCUGGACUGACAGAUCCACAGAGCCGUCUCAAAAUCCUGGAGAACAUUCUCUCGAUAAAAGUAAUAAUCCCAAGCUUAAAAACCUUCCAUGAAAACAUGAAGUAUUUUGCGAUCGGGGCCAGGAUCAUUAAGGAACACCUCCUCGAUGAUGACCUGCGAGGUGCAUGGAACCUGCCCGAAAAACUGUCGUGGACUCUGCCCACCAAUCCCACAAUAGAGGCAGCCGAUGGACAUGUGACAGUCUCUAACAUGGACCAAAAAAUAGCAUUAAAGGCAUUGUUUCUCACUGCGAUCCGUUCAUUUCCAUAUCUUUCUUCUGAUAAACCGAAGCAGGACGUGCGAGGGGAAGCAACUGUAGCAAACGUCGACCCUGGAUUUGUAUAUCUGCUUCAAGCUGAGGCCAAAAGUUUAGGCCUCUCGUCAUCCAAAAUCGAAAAGGCAUUGGCUGGACACCAACCAAUCCCUCGGAGUAUAGAGACUCGUGAUCAGGAGAUUUACUGUGACUGGAAAUGCGGCAAGCCAAAUCUGCGUGCCUUUAUUGACCUUCAAAAGCAUGCAUUCCUCCCAGACUUGGCAUCGGUACAUGGGAAAGACGGUCUUGUGCCGUUGUUUGUGUUUCGGGACUUUAUGGAAGCCUUCUUUGGGAACGACGCAUUUAUGGUAGAAAUUGAGCCUCCGGAACAGGGUCAUACUGGUGCGAGCGCCUCGAGUUUCCCAGGCGGAACCCGCCCAAAUGUGCGUCGUGACAUCGCUGACACCGGCGCGAUGGAUGUUGAUCGAACCCCGGAACAGAGUGAUGGCAACACCUUGCCUUCACCUACCGACAGAACACGGCCGAAGCAUUCGCGUGUCAGACAAAAGCGACAUCACCCUUACAACCGGGCCGCUAAACAAGGAGCUUCGGGAUCGCAGACCCGCCAACGACGCAGCAGGAGUUCAAACGAAGUAAUCCUUAAUCAAGACGUAUCAAUGUCUGAGGCAGAGGCAGCUAUAGCUGACAGAGACCGAAUGCAACGCUCCGCAAUGGACCGUCGGAAAUCCACGCUGGAUCCAGAAGACACUCGGCUCGCUAUGACACCAAAACCGUCUAAAGUAGCAAAAAAGAAGCCAGACAAGGGCAAGGGGAAGGCCAAAGCUGAGGUUUUAAAUCAGCUGCUUUCACAAUCGCCUGGUUCAAGAAAAACUCCGAGCCAGUCUGUGAUUGUUCAGCCGACCGCGAGAAUUCAGCCUACACACAAACGGCCUGGAGGCCCCAGUACAGCGUUAGCGGAGAAUCCACGUGGCAGCCCGCCAGAAUCCUCAUUCAUCGCACCUCCUGAUCUAGGCCUGCCCAGUAUAGCGACGGAAGAGGAGAAUCCCCGCGACCGGCCAAGAUCGCCGCCACUCGUUGCACCUCCUAGCCCCUACAGAACGAUUACGGCUGCAGAAGUAGAUAUUGGUCAGUCUUCAAAAACCGUUGCUUCAGCUGCCCAAGGAUUGCCUGAGCCGCACAUUGACCGGAACCCCGGUAAAAAAAGAAUUGUUAAAACUGGGGUGAACACUGUGGAGAUUCGGCAGCCCGCUAGAACCGACCCUCCACUCAAACGCCCCAGGAUAGCAACGAGAAUGGUACCUUCUAGCAGAGCGAUGGAAGACGAGAACCCCCGUGACCGGCGAAGAUCGCCCCCAUUCCUGGCACCUCCUAAUCCAAGCCUGCCUAUAAUGACGACGGAAGACGAGAACCCCCGUGACCGGCGAAGAUCGCCCCCAUUCCUGGCACCUCCUAAUCCAAGCCUGCCUAUAAUGACGACGGAAGAGCAGAAUACCCAUGACCGGCGAAGAUCGCUGCCAUUCGUGGCACCUCCUAAUCCAAACCUGCCCAGAGCGAGGGAAGAGCAGAAACCCCGUGACAACCCCCAAACAUCCCCACUUGCUGCACCUAGUCCAAAUGCGACCGACCGACCACGUCAGUCAACAGCAGACAGGCGUCAGCGUACGGAUGCAACCAAUUCGGCGGCGCAAGCGGGAGUUCCCCACCAAACCCCCCAAUUUUUCUCUUCAGGCCCGCCAAACCAAGAAGCGAGAUCAAAAGCAGUCGGCCGUUGGCUCACCCCAAAACCGCCAGUUAUGACUCCACCUAGUCCAACUUUGUCCAACGAACCAUUUCACAAGAUCAUGCAUCAAAACCAAAAGCCGCAGGCAGUCAAAUCAGACCAUCGAGCGGCCGACACAGAGACAGGCGAGUCCUUCGCACAAACAAGAAUAGCAUUAUCGGGUUCUCCUGAAUCGACGUCAUGA